ACUUCGAGGUGGAGCCAUUUCGCGCUCCACGAAACCCCGCCUUGAUCUCUAUGGAAACUCAGAUGCAGUGCAAGCCAGGGAGGAGACGGGUAUCCAGAGCUGCCUGGAGUGAGACCUGGCCGUCUUUUCUCCGCUACCUGCGCCGGUUUCCUACUGAAGGGACGACAGGAGCAGCGCUUUGAGCACGUCCUCCUCACUGACUGUUACGUCUCUGGUCUCCUCUCCGGCCCUUAUGAGGCGGCCUCUGCACGUCCGGCGGAGCCUUCCCCGACCUUGAGAUCGAAUGGAGGCUGUUCAGGCUGCCGCUCCGGUUCUUCGAGGAAAGAAACAUAAACCAGGAGAUGGCUUCUCAGCAAAUAAUUUAUUCCCAGGAGAAGAAGAAAGUGAAAUUGAGACUGAGCAGAUAUCUGCUGUUGAUUAUGGGUAUGGUGAAGAAGAAGAGAGAGAAGAUUAUGUGGAAGAAAGUAAUGAACAGCAAGAUAUAUUAGUUGAAGAUGAUCUGAACAAUAAUAGGCUUGAGUAUAAAUCUGGAGUGCAAGAAUGGCCAGAUGGUUCUUUCUAUAGAGGCGAAUUUUCAUUUGAUUUAAAACUUGGAUAUGGAGAAUUUGCCUGGGACAAUGGUGAGAGAUACAUAGGGCAAUUUUAUAAAGAUCACCGUCACGGCAAAGGAGUUUACUUUUGGCCUAAUGGCUCCAGAUUUACAGGUUCAUUUUAUCUUAAUCGUAAAGAAGGCUAUGGGACCAUGAAAUUUAUGGAUGGAAAACAAUUUCAGGGGCUUUACAAGGCUGAUGAGCGUUUUGGACCAGGAAUUGAAACUUAUCCAGAUAAUAGGCAAGAUGUUGGCCUGUGGCAUCGAAACCAUAUUAUUAAACUAUGUACAGAAGUUCCUGAGCAUUUUACUCUUUUUGAUUUCCCAGAACUCAAUAUCUAUUUUGAUGUUGUUUCUAAAGAACAGUAUAUUUCAGAGGAAAGCAUUUCUAUAUGGGACUUGAAUGAAGAAAAGGAUCCAUUUUUCUACAGAUUCAAACACCUUAUCCUAAAUGAUGACAACUAUACGUUGCCUGCUAAUAUGUAUAUAUAUUCAGUUGAUGCAGAUAAUCUUCCUCUUACUCAAUCUUUCUUGAAAGAGUUUGAUUUUCAAUAUUUUAAGAAAAGAAAACAUCACUCUUCUGAAAAACCAUGGUGUAUAACCAACAUAACCCCUAUUCUGGUUAAGAUGCAGAAAAAUAUAUAUAAGUAUAGGCAUUGCCAGAGUGACAUAGACUGGGAUAUUAAUGCCAUUAUCAAAGGCAAUCGGUAUGGUUUUGGAGCUAAAGGUCCCAAAGAGCUUAUUGCUGAAGAACUGAUUGAGAAAUCAGCAGAAGGAGACUAUAAAAGGGUUCAUGAAAUUCUGAAGGACAAUCUGGCCCAUCCUGAUAUAGCAGAUAUGAGUGGAUAUACUGCUCUUUCUGCUGCUGCUUUGAAUUAUCAAGAAGACAUCAUCAACCUUCUUCUAGAUUGUGGAGCUGAUGUGAAUAAAUGCAAUGAUGAAGGAUUAUCAACUUUAUCCAUGUGUGUUAUUCACUAUUUCCCUGCAGAAGGAUUUCAGCCCAAUAUUGCUGAAAGAAAUAUCUUUUUAAAAGAGUUAGAAGACGUCCUUGAAGAAAUGUCUAAAUCAUCUCUACCAUUAUCACGGUCAGAGAUCUCUCAAUUAUCUGAAGCAAGUUCAAUUGCUUCCUCCCCAGUAUCAGUUGAAGAGUUGUCAUUAUCAGUUGAAAAAACAGAAUUUGUCCCAGAUGUUGGAAUUAAGUCAUCGGAGGAAACAGACAAUGGAGAAAAAAGCUCUGGGACAAUUUGUGGUGUUUACAACUACAAAAUGAAGAUUUCUCCAGAAACUAUGCAUCAGGGUGCAGUUGUUCUUAGCCAACAUAUGUUAGAAACUCACUCUUACCCAGACACUGGGGACUCUGUUCAUCAGGAAGGCACCUUAAUAAGAAUGGCAGCAUCAUUAACAGAACAAAAAAGGAGAAUGUCUAUAAUUAAAUUGCUUGUAAGGAGAGGUGCUGAUCCAAAUAUUUCCAACAUUCCUAUGCAUGUACUGUUCUUUGCUGUUAAAUCCGCUGAUGCAGAAGGUGUGCGAAUACUUCUAGAAGCUGGAGCAAGGACUGACAUUCGACUUCCAACCAAACUUGCAGGUGUGGCUCCUCUUCAUAUUGCCGCUGCCCUUCCUGGUGUAGAAGGGAUUUUAAUCACAGAAUUACUACUUCAUGCUGCUGCAGAUCCUGAUGUCAGGGCAGAAGAUGAGAAUGAUAUAUUUCGGCUAGAUAAGAUUGCAACAAAGUAUGAUAUUGGUGAAUCAGUAUCUUCCAUGAAAAUGAAUAAUGAAACGGGACCACCCAAAGGUUACUACAGAGAAUGUACUAUUAUCCCAGAGGAAGGUGGGAGGACACCUCUUCAUAUUGCCUGUGAGAGGGAAGACAAUUUUAUGAAUACUGGCAAAGUUAUUCAUCUUCUGUUAGAUCACAAUGCAAAUCCAAAUGUCCUGUGGAGUGGCCAUUCCCCUCUUUCACUUGCAGUUGCUGGUGGAAAUGAACAGGCAGUAGCUGAACUUCUGGCUGGUGGAGCUGAACCAAAUCUACCUUUAAGCCAAAGUAUUGCAAGUGCCUUGUGUGCUGUUGUUAAUCCUGCAUAUGAACAGAGUGGGACAAUAGCAGCUAAGAUGGCGCAGAUUGAUUCUCUCCUAGCAGCAGGUGCAGAUAUGUUGUUGCCAAUUACUCUUAUUGAUGAGGGUAGAACUGCAGUGGGGACAGUUGUGGACUAUGCAUAUUUCAAAUAUUAUCAGGAUAAAAGAGUGUUGCAUACUCCCCUCCAUUCUCUGUCACCAAUAGAGAGGGAUACAUAUGCAUUUCGACGAAAGAUGCUGGAUUUUCUCAGUGACCGGCUUCGUGAGUGCGUCAGUGAAAAGGAAAAACAAUGGGAUGAAGAAGAAUUUAGGAAAAUCAAAAUUGCUUCUGCAGGAGUAAGAAGGAAAUCGAUAAAUACCUCUUUAGGACCAUUACCAGAAAUAGAUUCAUCAAAAUCGCUGUUCUUUAAAUACUGCUACCAGUGUGGACGAUCUGUUGGUGUGACCCUUUCACCUUGUCAACAUUGUUUUGAGAUCUUCACUUGUAGCAAGUCUUGCAAAGUCAAGGCUUGGAAUGAACGGCAUAAGCGAGAGUGUUUACAAACAGAACAAGUUAAGGAGAACAAGAAAAAUAAUGUGCAAAUUGUUACUUUCCUGACCACUUUAAUGUACAAACAUAUAAGAUUAAAGUUGCAGGAGAAAUGGAACUCUUGAAAUAUAAAGCAGGAUUCCUUGAAAACCUGGAUUGGAAAGAUGGCAAAAGAUUAUUAGGAGAAUGACUUUAAACGGCAAGAGAAAGCUUCAUUCAAGCGAAGAAGCAAGGAGAGAUGUAAAAAGAAUUUUAUUAAUAUAUGGACUGUGAAUAAGCUAGGUGUCAAGUGUGCCUAGACUGUAUGUGAAUAUUUUUUUUAUUUUGACAAUUGUGUGUUUUCUUGAAGGGGUUUUUAGAUUAAAAUUUAGAAUUUGAUCUAGAAACCUACUGUACAUGGUGUAUUUCUCAAAAUGAUAUGGUCAAGGAAGAUUAAAAAAAAAAGAUUCCAUUAAGAAUACGGUAUCAAAAUCUCAUUUGGAUGGAUAAAUUAAAGCAAAGCAUUUUCCAAGCUUCCAGAAACUGAAAUAAGGAAAUUUCAUAUCUGCAUAUAAAAUGGAUAUUGGAAAGCAAAAGAUUAAUUCCACAGUGAUCAAUCAGGUAUGACUGGGAAGCAUAUGAGCAGGACAUGAAUAUAAUACUGUUGUCUUCCUCCAAGUUUUUCACCCUCUGGAUUUCAUUUUCUUCAUACUCUGAAAGAGGCAUAAAGCCAGCAAAAUAUGUGUAGUCCCUUUCUGGAGCCAGCCAAAUGACUAGCUUUCACAACAUCAUGUAAUGAAUUGUGCUAUGUGAGGACUUUCCUUUUUGCUUCUUCAAAUUAACAAAAUUCAGCUUCAAGCUUCAUUGGUUGUCCCAAUGCAGCAGCUAACUCUGAACUUCAAAUUUGGUUUCAACACAUAGCCUGUUUCAAAAAUUCGUACCUGUUUUGUUCUGCUUUGUUCCAUCAAGCCCACAUUUUAUGUUCCUUGUGUCCCCUAAAAGGGAGUUACAGAGCAUCCCUCUGUAUGAGGGUUUUUUCUACUAGAACUUUGUUCCCCUAUUUCCCCCUCCCAGUUGCUAAGAAGUGGCCAAUGAACAUAAAAGUGUGCUAUUUACAAUAUUAAUUAAGUUUCCACACUCUAUGGAAGGAAAUUGUUUAAUACUGAGGUUAAUGUUAAAUUUUCCAGAUUGUGAUAAAAUCUAUUUGCUCACAAAGAUAUUGGAUCAAGAUUGCAUCAAACAGUCUGAAAAUCAAAUAUGAGUUUGGUUAUCAUCCUAGUUCUUAUCAGAAGAAAGUAAGAUGAAAGCAAUUAAUACAAAGCAAAAGAUUGAGAAGAUUGAGAUUAUGCAGUUCUUUCCUCAGAAGCAUUUACUUCAAUUAAGUUUGUCUUUCAGUAUUACACCUCCUUCAGUGCUGAUAAGUUUACUAUCCAGAAUUGUGGAACUAAGAACUUGAUCAGUCAAUAUUUUCACUUUAAGGCAUGUAUUUGAACUCAGUUUUUUAUAGUGGUUCAUCUUUUUCACCAUGUUUGGUACAGUGAGAUCUCCAUCGUUCAGAUCAGCUAAACCUUGGAAGCUGUAUUAUCCGGUGCUUCUUCAGAAUGGCGAUAAGGACAUAAAUCUCAUCAUACGAAUGCCUGAACGAUUUUAGUGAAAUACGGUUAAAAUGAUUUAAAUUACUAGAAAAUGUAUUUUUUUAAGACUGUUGAUAUUAAUGUAUAUAAUUUCCAGUAAUCUGUGAUGUGGUAACCUGAGAACAUCGACACAUGAACGCUGUUAGCAGCACAUCAUAUCUAUAUUGUCUUCAUGUUUUAUGUACAAAAAUAGAUUUCCCACAGGAGGGCAAUAUUUAAAAAAACAUGAGGUGACCUCCUAGAGAGCAUUGAAAAAUCAAGAUGGCAGUUAUAGUAGCAUGAAUAAAGCUCUACUAUGCUGCGACAGUUGUAUUUGUUUCUUUUGUUUUUUUGACACUCACCUGAGGAUGCUGCUGGCUUAAGGAGUCAGCUACUGGUUCAUGUAAAUAUUUAUUUCUAAGGAAUAGUCUAUAUCUCUUUAAGACUAUUUUAUUUUAACUUUUCCUUUUGAAGAAUAAAUUGGAAUUAAAGGGUUUUAAGACAUUAACUUGUUCAUGUGCACAUGGAUUAAGGUAACUGCAGAAAAUAUUUUAAUGUAUAAAAAAAUCUAAUGUCUAAGAUUAUAUUUACUGUGUUAUGUAUGUUGAAAAUAUUGCCCUGUAUUUUAGGAAUGUAUUUAAGAGAACCAUAAUUUUUUGUAACUUUUAAUUUAAUAAAAAACAAAUCACAUUAUUGGAUUUUGACAUACACAGCAUACAGGUUCUUUGAGACAUACAUUACCUUAUUUCAUACUAUUGUGCAUUCUGAAAUGUCUUUCCAACUUAUUUUAU